GAAAAAAAUCUAUAAAUGAAGGAAGAAGAUAGAAGAACAUAUAUGAAAAUAUUGUGGAGAGAGAUGAGAGGCGUACGAAACAUCUACCACCAUUUUUACACCUUUUCCUUCUUCCUUGUCUUCACUCUCUUUCGUCCUGCAUUUUCAAUCCAUGUCAAUACUUUGUCACCUACAGAUUCUCUUACAAUCUCAAGCAACCGAACCAUUGUGUCUCCUGGUGAUGUUUUCGAGCUUGGUUUCUUCAAACCCUCCUCGGAUACUUCUCAUUGGUAUCUUGGGAUAUGGUACAAGAAAAUCUCCGAGCGAACUUAUGUAUGGGUUGCUAAUAGAGACAACCCUCUCUUGAGUUCCAUUGGAACUUUCAAAAUCUCCGACACUAACAACCUGGUUCUCCUCGAUCACUCAAACAACAUUGUUUGGUCGACGAAUCUCACCACAAGAGACGUGAUAUCUCCGGUGGUUGUCGUAGAGCUUCUCGAUAAUGGCAACUUGGUGAUGAGAUACUCCAACAACAACAACAACGACCCAAGUGGGUUUCUGUGGCAGAGUUUCGAUUAUCCGACAGAUACUAUACUUCCGGAAAUGAAACUUGGUUUGGAUCUUAAUACUGGAUUCAACAGAUUCCUAAGAUCUUGGAGAAGUACUGAUGAUCCGGCAAGUGGAGAUUAUUCGUACAAACUCGAAACUCAAGGGGUUCCUGAGUUUUUUCUAUGGAGUGAAGACGUUCCAAUACACCGAACCGGUCCAUGGAACGGAAUCCGGUUUAGCAGUGUACCUGAUAUGCGACAGUUGAAUGAAAUGGUUGAUAAUUUCACAGACAAUAAAGAAGAGAUUACAUACACAUUCCUGAUGACCAAGACCAACAACGAUAUCUACUCCAGAUUGACAGUGAGUCCUUCAGGAUAUUUUCAACAAUAUACGUGGAUUCCGCCGUUAGGGAAUUGGAGCAGGUUAUGGGCUUUACCAAGAGAUCAAUGUGAUUUGUUCAACAUAUGUGGACCUUAUAGUUACUGUGACUACGCAAACAACCCGAUGUGUAGUUGUAUCUUGGGAUUCGAGCCUAAGGAUCCGCGCGCAUGGGAGUUGAAAGACUGGUUACAUGGAUGUGUAAGGAAGACAGAACUAAACUGUGUCGGAGAUGCGUUUUUACGGAUGGCGAACAUGAAGUUGCCGGAAACUACAACUGCGAUUGUGGACAAGAGUAUUGGGGUGAAGGAGGAAUGUUUCGAGAGGUGCAAGAAAGAUUGUAAUUGUACGGCGUUUGCGAAUGCUGAUAUCCGAAAUGGCGGGUCGGGUUGUGUACUUUGGACCGGAGCUCAUGGAUAUUCGGAACUACGUGGAAGAAGGUCAGGAACUUUACGUCAGAUUAGCGGCAGCUGAUCUUGGUUUAGCUGAUCUUGGUUUACUUAAGAAAAAUAAGUUGUGGUUGAUUAUUACCGGAUUGGAACUUGUUAUUAUGGGUUUAUUUAAGACACAUACG